CAUCACUCCCUCCCUCCCUCGCUCUCCUGCACGGAGCUGCAGUAUAUGAGAGGGUCUCCUGGGUCUAGCUUCACUGCAGUGUAGAGAAGGGCAGGGCGGCUGUUUCCAUACGAUGCGCUGAAGGAUGGUGCACCAGGAGAAACGCGUUUACCAGGCCCAGAGGAAUGAGAGAGAGUGCAUCAGGCAGAAACUUGCCCUUGGCAGUUUCUAUGACGACGAGCCAGUCAUCUACACCAGCUGCAGCAAGAACGGCCCGUCCUCCCGACUGCAGAGUGGGGUGAACCUGCAGGUGUGUUUUGUUAACGACAGCAGCAGUGACAAAGACAGCGAUGCUGAGGACAGCAGGACAGAGACCAGUCUGGACACACCGCUGUCCCCUGUGAGCAAGCAGAGCUCCUCGUUAUCGGACCGGGACACGGCGGAGGAGGACUCGGACCCGUUAGAUGACUGUGGCGGGUUCUGGCGGGUGCAGCGGAGGCUGCAGGAGGAGGCCCGGGUGGCGCUAGCUCUUGCUCGACCCAUGGCCCGUAUGCAGGUGGAGGUGGAGAGGCAAAUCCAGCUCCACAGACGUUCACCUGUGGCUGACUUGCUUCCCCAUCUGCCCCACAUCAGCGAGUGCCUGAUGAAGAGGAAUCUGAGGCGAGGGGACAUGAGGGACAUGAGUCUAGGACAGCUGCAAGUCAUCACAAAUGACUUACACUCACAGAUUCAGAGUCUAAAUGAGGAGCUGGUGCAGUUGCUGCUGAUGAGGGACGAGCUGCACGUGGAGCAGGACGCCAUGCUGGUGGACAUAGAGGACCUCACCAGGCACGCUCACAGCCAUCAGCGGCACCAUGCAGAGAAAGCUAUCUCUAAAUAAACACAACCCCGUCUACACGUGUGUCCGUCUGCACGCCAUCUUUACCUCCCUCGCUCCAUGGACUGUCACCAGUGUUACUAAUGAAGCUCCAUCUGUGCUGACUGUUUCUGGAGAAAUGAAUAUAUACUGUAAUAUUAACACACAGACACGCCACAUAAAUGUAUUGCGCCACAGGAUGUUGUCGAAGAGACAGAGGACAUCUAAAAGAAGCUGAGCGAUCGCUGCUUUCGGUGUGGACACAGUUGAGUUUGUGCAGGCUUUUCACUUCCAUGUGAUUCAUCAUGCCAUAUUUUAUAGAAUUAGGGGAAUCCUCUCAACGUAAUUGCAUCCCCUAGCCCUGAUUUACCUCUUCGUGAUUUUGCACGGUACACUCAUGUAUGUUAAAGCUGGGUUGGAGAGAGCGCCUGCACGCCUUGAUGAUGACUUCUAGGGGCCACACCUGACUAAACACUUUUGUUUGUCUCUAUAAUAAUCAAGAGGAUUGAUCAGUUCAUCUGUGUAUCAUUACUUUCACUAAGAGCACUGUGUUUAACACUGGAAUUCACUAUUAAAUACCUACUACUCUCUGAGCUGUUGCAAUAGAAAAUGAUGAACACUGUGCUGAUUUGCGGCUUAUAGCUUCUCAGUGGUGUUUAAAUGCUGCAGCAGCUUCACAGAGCUUUUGUAAUUUGAUUGCUGUUACAGUUUCCACCUGCUUUAAAGAUGCAUUUAGAGCUGAACAUUUUCAACUUUAUUGAGACGGAUGUGUAUUUGUCAAAUGCCUUUAUGUACUCAGUACAAUAGAAUAGUCAAGAUAUGGGUUAAAACAAUUAUAUUAAUUAAUACAUAGGGUAAGAAAAAGCAAAAGUGGAGGCAUGACAGCCCCUAGAUAAAAAAAAUAUGCAUUUUUGUUAUGCUCAAUUUACUAAAAAAAACAAAUAUAUGAAUAAAUCACAACCUAAACAUAUAUCUAUUUUAUCUGUUGAGAGGGUUUAUGGAAAUGCUGUAUGUAAAUGUUAAAAGAUACUUUAUUAAAAGGACGAGGAACAUGCCUUGUUGUCUGGCUUUAAGUGUUUUCACUCUCAGCUUUUUAAGAAUGUUAUUCAACACAAAGUCAAACUUUCUUUUUCUAUUAUAUGCUUCAUUGAUAAAUGUACCGUAUGAUGAUUGUAAAAUCAAAACUCCAGUAAUAAAUGUUUCCAAGUGUGUGAA